AUGACAAAAUACACUUUCAUUUUAUCAGGUUGUGAUUUUUCAUGAACAAAUUAUAUGUACAAUGUCAAGCUGAAUCCAUCAAUGCACAGUACUGAAAAAUUACUUCUAUCCUGCUGUUUCAAAAGCAGAAUCCUAUUUGUUUUAGUCUAGGACUCACGUGGCGCUUUGAGCGUUGGAAGGGUUUUGCUUUGGAGCUGUGAAGAGACCACGCGUGGGCACAUGAUGCUUCAGUUCUGAUGCCUUUCUCUCCUUCCAGUGCACGUACUUCUAACUGGCCAAGACCGGUCUGCUCUUUACUGCUGGAACUCAGAGCUGAAUGCCUUCACUGUCGUUCUGGAAGCACCCUCUGCACACGAUGCAGCUUUUGUUACGGUGAAGUCGCUUAAUUCAAGCAAGACUUUAAUUGCUUUAGUGGGAGCCACUGACACCCAUGUGUAUGAGCUGACCUACGUCUCCAGCCAGUCUGACUUUAUUCCUAGUUUAGGUGAACUGAUGUUUGAACCUGGUGACAGGGAAGCAAUCAUAGCAGUCAGUGUCCUUGAUGACGCAGUUCCCGAAGAAGAAGAAUCCUUCAGAGUUCAGCUUAAAAAUCCAAGAGGAGGAGCAGAGAUUGGCACCGACAGUUCCGUGAGAGUCACUGUUCGUCCCAAUGAUGAUCCCUAUGGAGUUGUGGCCUUUGCCCAGAACUCAUUGCAUAAGCAAUUGGAAGAGCUGGAGCGAGAUAGCCUGGUCACCCUGAAUGUUGAACGCUUGAAAGGAACGUAUGGUCGCAUAACUGUAGCAUGGGAAGCAGCGGGAAGUGUCAGUGAUGUAUUUCCCACCUCGGGAGUGAUUUCGUUCGCAGAGGACCAGGCGAUGUCCACCAUCACUCUGACUGUCCUCGCGGAUGACUUGCCAGAGUUGUCUGAGGCCGUGGUUGUAACCCUUACCCGGAUUGUCACAGAGGGGGUUGAGGACCCAUCGGAAGGUGCUACUAUUGACCAGAACAGAAGCAAGGCUGUGCUGACCAUCCUGCCCAGUGACUCGCCCUACGGCGUGGUUGGCUGGCACGCUGAGUCUCUCUUCACUAGAGUGCCUGAGCCCAGAGAGAACAUCACUGUCGUUCAGUUACAUCUUGUUCGAGACAAAGGACUACUUGGGGACAUUUCCAUUCAUUUGAUAGCGAAACCCAAUUUCUUACUAGACAUCAAUAAUCAAGCUACUGAGAAUGAAGACUUUGUGUUGCAAGACUCAGUAAUAAUAAUGAAAGAAAAUAUAAAAGAAACUCAGGCUGAAGUUGCCAUUUUGCCAGAUGAAGUUCCUGAGCUGGACGAAGGACUCAUUGUCGCCAUUGCUGCAGUGAACCUGGUGAACCCCAACUUUCCAGCAGAGCAGCCCCGUGUGCAGAGACCAAGGAUGGAAUCAGCGGAAAUAAUGAUUGAAGAAAACGAUGACCCCAGAGGGAUUUUUAGCUUUCGUGUUAGCAGAGGCGUUGGUGGCGUCAUCAUCGCUCACGAGGGACCUCAGCCCUUGAAUAUUCUUCAAGUUCCUGUCAUCCGGAUGGCUGGAAGCUUUGAGACAGUAAAUGUUUACUGGAAAGCAACACCAGACAGUGCGGGCCUGGAGGACUUUCAGCCACCUCAUGGGAUGCUGCAGUUUGCCGAUGGACAAGUCAUUGCACCAAUACACAUAACUAUAAUUGACGAUACUGAAUUUGAACUCUCUGAAACAUUCAGCAUCUCCUUAAUGAGUGUGACUGGUGGCGGCCGCCUGGGCGAUGAUGUUUUGGUGACUGUUGUCAUACCACCGAAUGACUCUCCCUUUGGAAUAUUUGGAUUUGAAGAGAAGACUGUAAUGGUUGAUAGAUCCCAUUUGUCUGAUGACCCUGAUUCAUAUGUGAAACUGACAGUAGUCCGGUCCCCAGGAGGAAAAGGAGCUGUCCGACUUCACUGGGCUAUUGAAGAGAAAGCCAAAGAUGACCUCAGUCCUUUGAACGGGACACUGUACUUUGAUGAGACUGACUCCCAGAAGUCCAUUAUACUGCACACACUUCAGGACAGCGUGCUGGGGGGAGACAGGCGCUUCACCAUUGAGCUGAUGGCUGCUGGUGAGGUAGAAAUAUCUCCAGGGAAAGGUAGAGCAUCAGUCAUCAUUCUAGGAGAGAAGAGCCCAUCAGAAGUUGGAAUUGCUUCAUCAUCCAGACACGUCAUUAUCGGGGAACCCUCAGCAACAUACAGUGGCACUGCCACCAUCAGCCUGGAUCGUGGCCCAGGGGUUUCCGGGGAGGUCACAGUGGACUGGAGGAUAUUGCCUCCCUCCAGGGGGGAGUUUGCUGAAACAUCAGGACAACUGACCAUGCUGGAUGGACAGUCUACUGCUACUGUAGUAAUUCAGGCUUUGAAUGAUGACAUCCCAGAGGAGAAGUGUUCCUACGAGUUUCAGCUCACUGGAAUCAGUGAGGGUGCGGUGCUGAAUGAAGCCAGCGUCACUGCCAGCAUCUCCAUGGUGGCCAGUGACACUCCCUAUGGCCGGUUCUCAUUUUCACAUGAGCAGCUUCAAGUUUCCGAAGCAGCACAGAAGGUUAAUGUCACAGUUGCCCGCUCUGGUGGUUCCUUUGGACGUGUGCGUGUCUGGUAUGAGACCGGUAGCAGGACGGCUGAGGCAGGCUGGGACUUUGUUCCCACUUCAGGGGAGCUGAUCUUUGAAGCCCGAGAGAAGAUGAAAAGUCUGCACAUUGAAAUUCUUGACGACAACCUUCCUGAAGGCCCUGAGGAAUUCGUUCUUGCCAUUACAAGAGUGGACCUCCAGGGAAGAGGGUAUGAUUUCACCAUCCAAGAGAAUGGACUUCAGAUAGAUCAGCCUCCUGAAAUUGGGAACAUCUCCGUUGUUCGAAUCAUAAUAAUGGAAAAUGACAAUGUAGAAGGCAUCAUUGAAUUUGACCCAAAGUUCAUCGACAUCUCAGUGGAGGAAGGUGCUGGAGUGAUCACACUCCCUGUCAUGAGACUUCGAGGGACUUAUGGCCGCGUGUCAGCUGAUUUCAGCUCCCGGGACUUCUCUGCUGUUCCAGGAGGCUAUGUACCGCAUGGUGGCUCAGUCACCUUUCAGCACGGGCAGAGCCUAAGCUUUAUAAAUGUCUCCAUCGUUGAUGACAACGACAGGUUAGUCAUACAGAAUCAGUGAACACACAUGAUGCAUGGCUACUGUGGCCCAGCUCACAAUGACCAUGUGUGCUCCUGCACAGAAGCAGCACUGAAGAGAGACAGGGGAGGACCAGGAAAGGAGAUUACACUGUGGCU